AACUCAGAGGAGGCGACGCGCAGCCCGCCCCGGCUCUCAGCCAGAUCCCACCCCAGCAGCUCCGCGGACCGGGAUCCAGGACCUCCGGGCCAAGCGCCCCCGGCUCCCAACAGGGGCCAAGCGCGCACCCCGCCGGCGGCCUCAGUUUCCCCUCUGCAGAACAGGCGGGGGGCCCGGCCGGUGCGCCCCGGGUCGCGGCGGGCGCGCAGGGCGGCCGGAAGGGGUGUGAUGGGGGGCGGGCCCCGUGCCGCCCCGCCCCGGGGAGGGAGUCCCGGGCGCAGCAUCCUGGCGCGGGCCGGGGCCGCCGCAGCCACUGCCGUCGGGGAAGGUCCCAGAGCGGACAUGGCCUCGCGCGGCGCCAGCCCGGGCCCGAGCCCCCCGAGCCCCGCGUUGUAGCCCCCCACGGAGAGGCGGCCUCGACGGUGCCGACGGCGCAGACGGCCGGGCGGAGGCAUGGAGGCGGCGCACCUGCUCCCGGCCGCCGACGUGCUGCGCCACUUCUCGGUGACAGCCGAGGGCGGCCUGAGCCCGGCGCAGGUGACCGGCGCGCGGGAGCGCUACGGCCCCAACGAGCUCCCGACUGAGGAAGGAAAGUCCCUGUGGGAGCUGGUGCUGGAACAGUUUGAGGACCUCCUGGUGCGCAUCCUGCUGCUGGCUGCCCUUGUCUCCUUUGUCCUGGCCUGGUUCGAGGAGGGCGAGGAGACCACGACCGCCUUCGUGGAGCCCCUGGUCAUCAUGCUGAUCCUCGUGGCCAAUGCCAUUGUGGGCGUGUGGCAGGAACGCAACGCCGAGAGCGCCAUCGAGGCCCUGAAGGAGUAUGAGCCUGAGAUGGGCAAGGUGAUCCGCUUGGACCGCAAGGGCGUGCAGAGGAUCCGUGCCCGGGACAUCGUCCCAGGGGACAUUGUAGAAGUGGCGGUGGGGGACAAAGUGCCUGCUGAUCUCCGCCUCAUCGAGAUCAAGUCCACCACGCUGCGAGUGGACCAGUCCAUCCUGACAGGUGAAUCUGUGUCCGUGACCAAGCACACAGAGGCCAUCCCAGACCCCAGAGCUGUGAACCAGGACAAGAAGAACAUGCUAUUUUCGGGCACCAACAUCGCCUCGGGCAAAGCAGUGGGUGUGGCCGUGGCUACGGGCCUGCACACGGAGCUGGGCAAGAUCCGGAGCCAGAUGGCGGCAGUGGAGCCCGAGCGGACGCCGCUGCAGCGCAAGCUGGAUGAGUUUGGGCGGCAGCUGUCCCAUGCCAUCUCUGUGAUCUGCGUGGCCGUGUGGGUCAUCAACAUCGGCCACUUCGCUGACCCGGCCCAUGGUGGCUCCUGGCUGCGUGGCGCUGUCUACUACUUCAAGAUCGCCGUGGCCCUGGCUGUGGCGGCCAUCCCCGAGGGCCUCCCGGCCGUCAUCACUACGUGCCUGGCCCUGGGCACGAGGCGCAUGGCACGCAAGAACGCCAUCGUGAGAAGCCUGCCCUCCGUGGAGACCCUGGGCUGCACCUCAGUCAUCUGCUCCGACAAGACGGGCACGCUCACCACCAAUCAGAUGUCUGUCUGCCAGAUGUUCGUGGUAGCCGAGGCCGAUGCGGGCUCCUGCCUUUUGCACGAGUUCACCAUCUCGGGUACCACGUAUACCCCCGAGGGCGAAGUGCGGCAGGGGGAUCUGCCUGUGCGCUGCGGCCAGUUCGACGGGCUGGUGGAGCUGGCGACCAUCUGCGCCCUGUGCAACGACUCGGCGCUGGACUACAAUGAGGCCAAGGGUGUGUACGAGAAGGUGGGAGAGGCCACGGAGACAGCUCUGACCUGCCUGGUGGAGAAGAUGAACGUGUUUGACACCGACCUGCAGGCCCUGUCCCGGGUGGAGCGAGCUGGCGCCUGUAAUGCGGUCAUCAAGCAGCUGAUGCGGAAAGAGUUCACGCUGGAAUUCUCCCGAGACCGGAAGUCCAUGUCUGUCUACUGCACGCCCACCCGCCCUCACCCUACCGGCCAGGGCAGCAAGAUGUUUGUGAAGGGGGCUCCUGAGAGCGUGAUCGAGCGCUGCAGCUCAGUCCGCGUGGGGAGCCACACAGCACCCCUGACCCCCACCUCCAGGGAGCAGAUCCUGGCAAAGAUCCGGGAUUGGGGCUCAGGCUCAGACACGCUGCGCUGCCUGGCACUGGCCACCCGGGACGUGCCCCCGAGGAAGGAGGACAUGGAGCUGGACGACUGCAGCAAGUUUGUGCAGUACGAGACGGACCUGACCUUCGUGGGCUGCGUGGGCAUGCUGGACCCGCCGCGGCCUGAGGUGGCUGCCUGCAUCACACGCUGCCACCAGGCGGGCAUCCGCGUGGUCAUGAUCACGGGCGAUAACAAAGGCACUGCCGUGGCCAUCUGCCGCAGGCUUGGCAUCUUUGGGGACACGGAAGACGUGGCGGGCAAGGCCUACACGGGCCGCGAGUUUGAUGACCUCAGCCCGGAGCAGCAGCGCCAUGCCUGCCGCACCGCCCGCUGCUUCGCCCGCGUGGAGCCCGCACACAAGUCCCGCAUCGUGGAGAACCUGCAGUCCUUUAACGAGAUCACCGCCAUGACUGGUGAUGGAGUAAACGACGCACCAGCCCUGAAGAAAGCAGAGAUCGGCAUCGCCAUGGGCUCAGGCACGGCCGUGGCCAAGUCGGCGGCAGAGAUGGUGCUGUCCGAUGACAACUUUGCCUCCAUCGUGGCUGCGGUGGAGGAGGGCCGGGCCAUCUACAACAACAUGAAGCAAUUCAUCCGCUACCUCAUCUCCUCCAAUGUUGGCGAGGUCGUCUGCAUCUUCCUCACGGCAAUUCUGGGCCUGCCCGAAGCCCUGAUCCCUGUGCAGCUUCUCUGGGUGAACCUGGUGACAGACGGCCUACCUGCCACGGCUCUGGGCUUCAACCCGCCAGACCUGGACAUCAUGGAGAAGCUGCCCCGGAACCCCCGAGAAGCCCUCAUCAGUGGCUGGCUCUUCUUCCGAUACCUGGCUAUCGGAGUGUACGUAGGCCUGGCCACAGUGGCUGCCGCCACCUGGUGGUUCCUGUAUGAUGCCGAGGGACCGCAGGUCAACUUCUACCAGCUGGUGAGCAAGGGAUGGCCAGGGAGUUGUUGGAGUUCCAGGGGAGAUGGGUCUAGAGCCGCAUGGGGGGCCUGCAGUGUCCUUCCCCACUUGCUAUACACGAAUAAACAUCCCCACCUACGGAACCAAGCUCAGAGCCCGCUGGAAACCCAGAGACACCAGCACGGCCCCCCCAGGCCAAAAGGCCCCUCCCCAUCCCAGUCAGUUAGCGGGGACCAAGGGCCCCACUGCCAGAUGUAUCUUACCUUCAUCAGGGGACGCCUAAAACGUAGAGGCCUCAGAGGAAUGAGCCCCUAAAUGGUAGGACUUUAGGCAGAGGGUCAAACUGAGGAGAUCAAGAAUGGAGGGGAGGGCCGGGCGUGGUGCCUCAUGCCUGUAAUCCCAGCACUCUGGGAGGCCGAGGUGGGUGGACCACCUGAGGUCAGGAGUUCGAGACCAGCCUGGCCA